AGGCUUGUGGGAAAUGAAGUUUUAUAAGCUUGGCGUUUUCAUUAAACUCUUGAGCUUCUCUGUUACCAUUAAACUACAUUUCCCAUCAAUACUCGCUAUGUGUUGAUGUUAGCGGAUAACUUGGGCCCGGGUAUACUGCAAUAACUAUCCCCCCGCCUGUAAACAGCUGCAUCAUCGUUGGGCACAAAACAAAGAUUCUGCAGUGUUGCAGACAACUGACGUAAUGUCAGAUACGGCAAGUGAUACCGAGUCAUCCUGUGGUUGGAGCAUCAUUAGUAUUGAGGGGUCUGAUAUAGAGACUCUAGUGUCAGAGGCUACUGGACAACAUGGAGCUGAUCUCUUGGAACGCCCCCCUGUGGUGGAAGCAGAACUACAGGACUCUCUCAAUUCAGCGUCUGCUUCUGGACACAAUGAAGACAAACGCAAUGGCUCAUUUGAAGACACUGCAGGAGAACAAACCAUAGAUGAAACACUGUCCACCCCAAAGACUGUAGCUGAUGCCGCAAUGGAGGAACGUGUCACCGUGGUGUCCUCCAGCGAGCAAUCUGAUAUUGUGACUCUUCACGAGCUAAGGGAGGACGAGUGUGACCUUUUGGAGGAGGCGACGGUGCUGACUGCCAAUGAGGGAUUUAAACUGGGGAUGUCGUGCAGCAGCCAGUAUGCCUUCACAGCUGGAGAACCUGUUUUUCCAGCAAAGCCGCUGCCUGCCGCCACCUCCAGCAGCAGCGAGGACGAAGCAGGUCCCAAUAUGGUGGUGCGAAGGCGAAGGUUGAGGAAGAAUACGGCAACCGUGACAGAGUCCUGUGAGGAAGAGGAGACGACGGUGGAGUCGGGUCUUAGCGAGGAGGAAGAGAAGGAGGUCAAGGAGGAGAAGCAGGAGGAGGAGCAAAGUCAAAGCCGACCUGCGGCACUGCAAGGCCAAGGCAGUGGAACCCUCAACCUGUGUAUCCUGCUCGCCCUCGUUGUAGCCGUCAGCAUGGGCUUUGGCCACUUUUACGGCACCAUGCAAGUACAAGAGAGACUAAAGACAGCAGAUAGAGUAAUCGAGAUGGAAAAUGUGAGGGAUCUGCUUCAAUAUCAUGUUAAGGGCAAAAACCGUGGGCUGGAUGACUUGGAUGAUCAGAAGAUGAUUUUAGUGCUAGCAGACCUCAUCAAAAAGAUUAGCAAGGAGAACAGGGAACUCAGCAUCCAGCAGGGACAUGUUGAGGCCCAACGAGAUGGCCUGGCAAAGCUGCUGAGACAGAAAGAGGAGAAGAGCAGCAUUUUGACAGCCGCAAACCAGCAUCUGAAGAGCUCCCUGCAGCGGGAAGAAAAGACGCUAUCCACACUGCAGGAGGAGCUGAGCAGCCUGCGCUCCACAGUCCGAGAUCUGGAGGCCAAGGGAGCCGGCUCUGACUCGCUGCUGUCCGAAAACCAGAGGCUGAAGGACGAGCUGGAGGGGGAGAAGGAGCUGGUCAGAAACUUUCAGAGCAAGAGGGUUGACAUCACGGCGGAGGUGCUGGCGCUGAGGAAGAGGCUGGACAAGGAGAGGAAGGUUACGGAUGAGCUGAGGAGGGAAAUAAGUGAGCUGAGGAGCAGCAGCAGCGAAUCUGGAAGAGAAGCAGACACCCAGGCCGAGGAGCUCCAGUCUCGCCUGAAGGAAGUGGAAAAAAGGCUGGGCUUUGAGCAGCAGCGCUCUGACCUCUGGGAGAGGCUCUACCUGGAAACGAAGAAAGACCAGCCCAAAGGAGACACGGAACCCAAAGUCAGGAAGUCAAAAGAGGGCAUGCCAGGGAAAGUGAAAGAGACCUUUGAUGCAGUCAAGAACUCCACCAAGGAGUUUGUCCAUCAUCACAAAGAGCAGAUUAAGAAAGCCAAGGAAGCUGUGAAGGAAAACCUGCGCAAAUUCUCCGAUUCCGUCAAAUCGACUUUCCGUCACUUCAAGGAGUCAGCCUCGACCUUCAUCAGCAAAGCCAGAGGAUUCUAUGAAGAGAAAUGCAGCAAGAAAAGAAAGUGUCAUCACAAACACGACCCCGGCAACCACAACACACGAAAACAAGGUGACAGAGUUCAUAAAGAGCGAGGUUGCCAAAACAGCCACCUGAAAGGAUGCCGAGGAGUGUUUGACUGCGCCUACCGGGAAUCCAUGAGCCUCUUCAACACAGCCAUGGAGCCCAUACGAGCCGACGAGUUCCACCAGCUGCUUCGGAGCUAUCUGCAGCAAGAAGUGGACCACUUCCACCACUGGGCGGAGCUGGAGAGCUUCAUUAACAACUUCUUUCACAACGGGUACUUCAUCCACGAUCGCAUGCGCUUCACUGACUUCGUCUGUGACGUGGAGGACUACCUGGUUGACAUGCACGAAUACCACGGGCUUGACAAUGACGCCUUUGGAAACCUCGAUGACUUCAUCUACAGGCACUUCUUUGGAGAAGCUUACACAAACGGCUACGGGCCUAGCGGGCCGCUUGAACGACCAGACCAGUACUCCAGGGAGGAGUCAAGGGUGAAUCAUCAAGCUCGUAGGCAGCAGAGAGACAGAGCGCGGCAUCACAGUGAGCGCAAGUGGAGCAGGACAGGAAGAAACGGACACAUGGCAGAUGUCAAAAUUGAAUUGGGCCCUAUGCCGUUUGACCCCAAAUACUAAAAAUGAUAUAAUUCUUUAGUCUUUUUCUGGUUUGUCUGUUUGCACAAUAUUUAUAUGUUUUGAAGCUACUGAAUGUCUACCAGCUGGGGUUGGUUUGGGGAAGGAAUUCUAUUUUUGGUAUGGGAUUAAUCGCUAUCGGGGGAAAAAAAACACCUCACUUUAAAGGCAUUCAACUACAAAACAGUCAAAUACCCUUGCGAAGGUAAGGAGGGAAAACUGAUUGGACGUUUAAACCAAGUGUUGGCAAAAUGUAUAGUUAUUUAAUCUUUGACCCCUAACUACCUCAAGCAUCUACUAUUCAAAACAGAGCAAUUAGAUUACCAUUCAAAUUGCAUGUGAAUGCUAAGAGAUGCUGUCGCUGAGCUGAAAUGCGCAUAAAUGCAUUAAUUAUCAAAGUAAUACCCAUAUAAGAAUGUCCAAACUUUUUCCAUCCAGAGCCACAUACAGAAAAUAUAUCUGAAUAAUACAAUACAAUUGGGGACUCUGAUUAGCAGCUCAGUUAUUAAUACAACCUGGGGUAUGCUGGCAAUGCAUUGACAUCUUUGUUACACUAUUCUGUCAGUUAGCUUUCCUUCCUACCCAAGAUUAUUUCUUAAAAUACCUCAGCCAUUAGGUGACUAAUGUUCAUUUUAACUGACAAAUCAAAUAUACCUUCUGUUACACACCCCUAACAAUCGCUAUGAGAUGAAAUUUGUGAUCUUUAUAGAGGUGACACGUUCAUUUGAACUUUCACCCCAGACGCCUCUUUCACAUUUUAACAGUAUUUUUUAACAAUUUCAAAAAUCCCUCAAUUUGUGAAGUUUCAACUAAUAAAUGGUAAAUUACAUUCUUUUUGUGAAAAUACAUUGACAGCCCAAGCUGGUGCGGAAAGUCAAUAGCAAAACAGGGGAGGCUUUAGUGUUUAUGUUUUCUAGAAUUGUUGUAACAUUCCACCUCUUGUUUUUGCUUCAUCUCAACUUAAACCUUAUGGUUCUUUAACAUGCAUUUAGUGAGGGAACUUUUAAAGUUCUCACCAAACAUUUAGUGCAUCAUUAACCAUUUGGUGUUUGGUUUUCCCAUAGGACAGAAUGAAGCUGUAUCACAAAGCAUGGCGUUUAAAAUUUACUUCAGCAGCUAAUGCACCGUAUCAGAAGCAUUGUUCCAGUAGUUGUCAGUGCCUUUCGUAAAUAAAAAUGCUUCCUCCAACUCUUCCCGAGGGAAAAUGGGUGUGAAACA